UUCAGUUAGGGCAUGUUGAAUAGUUUUGAGUUUGUUUGACUUACCUCUUCCAUGGUCAUCGAGUUGGCCAACCAUCAAUCAGACUGGCGAUGGACCAUGUCCUUUUGCCGAAUUCCAGAGGAUCCUCUAAUGCCUCGGGAAGUUUUGGAAGCUCGAAUGGUGACCCCGAGAGUCUCUACACUAAACUGGAGAGAGUAGGGAAAGGUUCAUUUGGCGAAGUCUUCAAAGGGAUAGACAACAAUACGAAACAGGUUGUGGCCAUUAAGCUGAUUGACCUCGAGGAGGCGGAGGAUGAGAUAGAGGAUAUCCUGCAGGAGAUCAAGACCCUGUCCCAAUGUAGGUCCCCUCACGUCAUCAACUACUUCAACUCAUUCCUUAAGGGCACCAAACUCUGGAUUAUCAUGGAGUACCUCGGAGGAGGAUCGGCCCUAGAUCUAAUGAAGCCAGGUCCUUUCGAAGAAGUCUUUAUUGCGACCAUUCUACGUGAAGUCCUAAAGGGACUGGAGUAUCUGCAUAGUCAGAGGAAGUUGCACAGAGACAUCAAGGCGGCCAAUGUGUUGUUGGCGGAGAAUGGGGACGUGAAAUUGGGGGACUUCGGUGUGUCUGGUCAAUUGACAGACACGCAGAUGAAGAGGAACACUUUUACUGGCACUCCUUUCUGGAUGGCACCCGAAGUGAUUCAGCAAUCAGAAUACGACUACAAGGCAGAUAUCUGGUCUCUGGGUAUAACUGCAAUUGAGUUGGCCCAUGGGGAGCCCCCGUUCUCGAAGCUGCACCCGAUGCGAGUUCUCUUCCUCAUUCCUAAGCAACCCUCGCCUGUUUUAGAGGGCAGCUUCUCCAAAGGCUUCAAGGAGUUCGUAGAACACUGUCUCAACAAAAACACUGCAUAUCGACCGAGUGCGAAGGAACUGCUUAAGAACCGAUUCAUAGUGCGCAACAGUAAGAAGCCAGCUGUGCUGGUGGAACUGAUUGACAAGUACAGGAAGUGGCAGGCGGAGAGGGGCCACACAGAUAGGAAUGGGCGGUCCACCCGAGACGAAGAGGACGACCAGAAGGACGACGAAGACUCAGAUUCAGCCCACAAGUCAGUGGGUGAGUGGAAUUUCCCGAUGGGCACAGUGAAAAUGCGAGAGCAGCUAGAUUCAAUGAGUAUCUCGGACUCCAGCGGCACUCCUAGUCCUGCGACAACCCCCUCGUCAGAGGGGGAUAAGAAUGUCACCAACAGUCCCAACAAGAGAAUCAGUGUCGUCUCGGACACCUGGAGCAGCCAACUAGUGCCUAUGUUUUCCCGACUCAGAACUCAACACCUACAUCGUCACGAGGCAGUGGACGAACUAGAGAGUUGCUUCUCUUACGUAGACAACAUAUCGCCUCUCAGUGUGGACAAGUUCACAGCAUCCAUCGUCAAAGUGAUCUCGACAGCAGGAACUCAGAACGGAAUCACAAGCGGCAACACCUCUUGAUUUUUAUUACAAGUAAUCUGGAACAACAUCUCGUAAAUUGAUUUCAUCACAGCAAGAAAUGAAGCCUUAAGUUUUCUUGUUAAGAGAAAUUUUUCCAAAGAAAAAACCCCGCUUCAAAACUGCUUCAUAUUUCCAACUUCAGCUAAUGAUUCCUCUGAAGGACCCAUUGCUCCUUAAUUUGCUUUCGAGAUUAUUGUUGAUAUCGUUAACUGCAGUAAAGCCCACAUUGUUCCUUAGUGUAAGAUUAGAAAGUUUUCUCUCCUGCAAUUGUUUUGAUUUCUGUCGUUUCUUUUUGUGCUACUAUUGGUUGUUGCGCGCAUAUAAUUUGCUUCAAAUGGAAUGAGGCUGCAGAUGGAUUGGUUUGACUGUAUUGGCUUGGCUCCACGAAACUGUUAUUUUUUAACGUUUAAACUUUAUUGACCUCAAUUAGAUGUCUCCAGUCUUUGUUUAGCUGAAUUUGAAGUAAAUUAUUUAAUGAGGAAAAUGUGAAUAAUUUCGAAAUACACCUGGGAAGGCGACUUAACUUGUCUUGUCCAUUAGUUAUUUAAAGCAAAAUAAAUUAUCGAGGAGUUUCUAUUUUUCGGAUUGCUUAUAUACAUACCAUCAUAAUACUAUUUGUGUACAUUUGAUGCGCUUUCUAAUAAAGUUUACGAAAUUUU